AUGAUUUUGUACGUCUCUCCCUUUUGCAGGUUUACUGGUCCCAACCUUCCUUCGCCCAUCAUUAGCAGCAAGAACUGGCUUCGACUUCACUUUACGUCAGAUGGCAACCACAGGUUGAGAGGUUUCAGCGCCCAGUACCAGGUGAAAAAGAUGACUGAACUCAAAUCCAGAGGUGUGAAGAUGUUGCCAAGCAAAGACAACCACCACAAGAUAUCAGUGUUGUCCCAAAUGGGUGUAGCUCAAGGACACAACAUGUGUCCAGAUCCUGGGAUUCCAGAUCGGGGGAAAAGAAAAGGCUCUGACUUCAGGCGAGGAGCUACAGUGCACUUUUCCUGCGAUGAGGGUUACGAACUGCAAGGCUCAAAGAGCAUCAGCUGCCUCCGAGUGACAGACAGCUAUGUGGGCUGGAGUGAUGACCGGCCCAUCUGCAGAGCGCCAAUGUGCGGCGGUCAGCUAAAAGGACCCAGCGGUGUCAUCACAUCUCCUAAUUAUCCUGUUCAGUACGAUAACAAUGCCAACUGCACUUGGAUCAUCACAGCAACUGACACGUCUAAGGUGAUCAAGCUGACAUUUGAGGAUUUUGACCUGGAGAGAGGUUACGACACCUUGACGGUGGGAGACGGCGAGCUCGUGGGAGACCAGAAGACCAUUUUCCACGUCUUGUCUGGUACGACGACGCCAGACCUGGUGGUGAGCACCAGUCACCAGAUGUGGCUGAACUUCAAAACGGAUGACACCAGUGGCUCCCUUGGAUUUAAAGUCACUUUUGAGGAGAUCGACCAGGGCAGUUGCGGGGAUCCUGGAAUUCCAGCCUACGGCAAACGGGAAGGGACAGGCUUUCGUCACGGGGACAGGUUGUACUUUGAGUGUCUGCCUGCCUUCGAGCUCGUGGGAAAAAAGAACAUCACCUGUCAGAAGAACAAUCAGUGGUCCGCCAAGAAACCCAGCUGUGUUUUUUCCUGCUUCUUCAACUUUACUACUCCAUCCGGAGUCCUGCUGUCUCCCAACUACCCUCAGGAAUACGGGAACAACAUGCACUGUGUGUGGCUCAUCAUCACCAACCCCGAGAGCAGAAUCAACCUGGCCUUCAACGACCUUAGCAUGGAGAAACAGUUUGACUUCCUCUCCAUUAAGGACGGCGGAAAGGCCGAAUCUCCCAUUCUGGGCACCUUCUCUGGAGACGCUCUGCCUCCCCCCAUAACAACAAGCGGUCACGUGGCCCGACUUGAAUUCCUGACAGACCACACGUACACGGACAGAGGCUUCAAUAUCACUUUUACAACUUUUCGCCACAACGAAUGCCCAGAUCCAGGGGUGCCGGUUAACGGGAAGCGUUUUGGCGAGAGCCUUCAGCUGGGCAGCUCCAUCUCAUUCCUUUGUGAAGAGGGCUUUGUUAAGACCCACGGCUCUCAGACCAUAUCCUGCAUUCUGAAGGAUGGCAACGUCGUGUGGGACAAUGCCGUCCCCCGAUGUGAAGCCCCAUGUGGAGGAGAUCUGAAGGCUCCCAGUGGGAUCAUUCUCUCCCCUGGCUGGCCAGAACUGUACAAGGAGGCCCUUAACUGUGAAUGGAUCAUUGAGGCUCCUCCAGGCUAUCCCAUCAAGAUCAUCUUCGACAAGUUUCGAACUGAGGUCAACUAUGACGUUCUCGAGGUGCGGGACGGCCGAUUUCCCUCCUCACCUCUAAUUGGAAGUUACCAGGGCACCCAGGUUCCACAGUUCCUCAUCAGCACCUCAAACUUCCUGUACCUCCUCUUUACCACCGACAAGAGUCACUCUGACAUCGGCUUCCGCAUACGUUACGAGACCCUGCAGUUGCAGUCGGACCACUGCGUGGAUCCCGGCAUCCCUGUGAACGGGCAGCGGCACGGCAACGACUUCUACGUGGGAGGCCUGGUGACAUUUAGCUGCGACGCCGGCUAUUCGCUAAGCGACGCCGAGCCUUUGGAGUGCGAGCCUAAUUUCCAGUGGAGUCGCCCCCUGCCUAGCUGUGAUGCGUUGUGCGGCGGUUAUAUCCAGGGCAACACCGGAACCAUCCUUUCUCCCGGCUUUCCCGACUUCUACCCACACAACUUGAACUGCACGUGGACAAUCGAGACCUCCCACGGAAAAGGCGUACAGUUCACCUUCCACACCUUCCACCUCGAGAGUCCCCAUGACCAUUUGCUGGUGACCGAGAACGGCAGUUUCUCUCAGCCCCUCUGGAGACUGACCGGCUCCACCUUGCCCCCUCCUUUAAGCGCGGGCCUGUUCGGGAACUACACCGCGCAGAUCCGCUUCCUCUCCGACUUCUCUGUUUCGUACGAGGGAUUUAACAUCACGUUCUCAGAGUAUGAUUUGGAGCCCUGUGAGGAUCCUGGAAUCCCUCCAUACAGCACCAGAAAAGGUCUCCAGUACGGAGUCGGCGAUGCCCUCAUCUUUUCCUGUUUCCCCGGUUACCGGUUAGAGGGUCCGGCGAGGGUGGUGUGCUUAGGGGGCAGAAGGCGGGUGUGGAGCUCCCCUCUGCCAAGGUGUGUUGCUGAAUGCGGCUCAUCCGUGACUGGCAUGCAAGGGGUGCUCCUCUCUCCCAACUACCCUGGUUACUACGGCAACAACCACGAAUGCAUCUACUCUAUCCAGACGCAGCCUGGCAAAGGCGUUCAGCUGAGAGCACGGGACUUUCGGCUGGAGGACGACGACGUUCUCAAAGUUUUUGAUGGCAGCAGUAAUAAGGCUCGUCUCCUGGGGAUGUUUACGGGAAACGAGCUUCUAGACGUAACCUUGAACUCCACCUCCAGCUCCAUGUGGCUGGAGUUCAUCAGCAAUGCUGACAACACCAGUAAAGGCUUUGAACUGCACUUCACUAGUUUUGAGCUGGUUAAAUGUGAGGAUCCAGGUGUUCCUCAGUUUGGCUACAAGCGGGAGGACAAAGGUCAUUUUGCAGGGAGCACCGUGUCGUACAGCUGCGACCCGGGCUACACCCUGAAAGGCCCGGAGAUCCUCACCUGCCUCAGGGGGGAGAGGAGGGCCUGGGACAGCCCACUUCCACUCUGUGUUGUGGAGUGUGGGGGCACCAUCAAGGAGGAGCCUUCCGGUCGUAUUCUGUCUCCAGGAUACCCGGCUCCAUACGAGCACAACUUGCACUGUGUUUGGACCAUCGAAGCUGCUCCAGGAAGCACCAUCAGGUCUGAACCUUGGCUUUCUCUUUGUUGACUUUUGUUUUCCGAUUACAUUGUUCCCCUUUUUUAAUUGUACUCCUUCGCCAUAUAUCUUUAGUUUUGUUUAGUCUCCCCAUCCCUUUUUGCAGUGGUGUCCAUCACGCUCACACACUGCUGUGCAAUCAAUCUUCAGCCAGUUUUUGUUGGCCAGUAUCCAAGACAGAAACGAGUAAGAGAGGAAAAAUCACCUCCAGGUUUCAUACCAUGUAAAAAAGAACAUCAUCUGGGUCCCAGUUUAUAUGUUCCAUAAUGAGUUUGUGGUUGAAACUCUUCCAUUUCAGAAAAAUGGUACCAUACAGUUUUACUGUGUUUGUCUAAAACAGGGAACGCUUUAGUGCAAAAACAUAAAUCAAUAAAUAAUAUGACUGUCGCUACGGCUGUUGGUUUAAGAGCUGUUGUGGCACUUCAGGAUACUACACAUAAAAUGGGAUACUGGUUAUUACCGUAAUCCUACAUGGCAUACCUUAAGCUUUCUUAAGGAAUAUUUAACAGUGUAGUUAGUGAAUUAAACUGCUGCAGUACUCUUAAUAAACA